CAAGCUCUCGACCUAGCAGAGGAAGGCAAGCACAGAACCACACAUCAUGGAAAUGGAGCUCAACCUAGUCUCGUACGUGUCCAUCGCCCUGUUCGUCCUCUCGGGCGCGUACGUCUACCGCACGACGCGGAGCCGGUCGCCGAGGCAGCGGCUCCCGCCGGCGCCGCCCGGGUGGCCCGUGAUCGGCCACCUCCACCUGCUGACAGACAUGCCGCACCACGCGCUGGCGGAGCUGGCCAAGACUAUGCGCGCCCCGCUGCUCCGGCUCCGGCUCGGGAGCGUCCCGGCCGUGGUGAUCUCCAAGCCCGACCUGGCCCGCGCCGCGCUCACCAGCAACGACGCGGCCAUGGCGUCCCGCCCGCACCUCCUCUCCGGCCAGUUCCUCUCGUUCGGGUGCUCCGACGUCACGUUCGCCCCCGCGGGGCCGUACCACCGCAUGGCGCGUCGGGUGGUCGUCUCCGAGCUCCUCUCGGCGCGCCGCGUCGCCACCUACGGCAGCGUCCGGGGCAAGGAGCUCCGCCGCCUGCUCGCACACCUCACCAAGAACACCGCGCCUGACACCCCCGUCGACCUCAGCGAGUGCUUCCUCAACCUCGCCAACGACGUGCUCUGCCGCGUGGCCUUCGGCCGCCGCUUCCCGCACGGCAAGGACGACAAGCUCGCCGCGGUGCUCGCCGAGGCCCAGGACCUGUUCGCCGGGUUCACCGUCGGGGACUUCUUCCCGGAGCUCGAGCCCUUCGCGAGCACCGUCACGGGCCUCCGCCGCCGGCUGAAGAGCUGCCUCGCCGACCUCCGCGAGGUCUGCGACGACAUCGUCGAGGAGCACGUGAGCGGCAAGCACCAGCGCCUCCCCGGCGACCGCGACGAGGACUUCGUGGACGUGCUCCUCCGCGUCCAGAAGUCGCCCGACCUCGAGGUCCCGCUCACCGACGACAACCUCAAGGCCCUCGUCCUGGACAUGUUCGUCGCCGGCACGGACACGACGUUCGCGACGCUGGAGUGGGUGAUGACGGAGCUGGUGCGCCACCCGCGCAUCCUUCAAAAGGCGCAGGAGGAGGUCCGGCGGGUGGUAGGCGCCAAGGGGCGGGUGGAGGAGUCGGACCUGGCGGAGCUCCACUACAUGCGCGCCAUCAUCAAGGAGACCUUCCGGCUGCACCCGGCGGUGCCGCUGCUCGUGCCGCGGGAGACCGUGGCCGCGUGCACGCUGGGCGGCUACGACAUCCCGGCCAAGACCCGCGUCUUCAUCAACACCUUCGCCAUGGGCCGGGACCCGGAGAUCUGGGAGGACCCGCUGGAGUACUCGCCGGAGCGGUUCGAGGUGGCCGGCGCCGGCGGCGAGAUCGACCUCAAGGACCCGGACUACAAGCUGCUGCCGUUCGGCGGCGGGCGGAGGGGGUGCCCGGGGUACACGUUCGCGCUGGCCACCGUGCAGGUGUCGCUGGCCAGCCUGCUGUACCACUUCGAGUGGGCGCUGCCGGCCGGCGUGCGCGCCGAGGACGUGAGCGUGGAGGAGACCUUCGGGCUGGCCACCAGGAAGAAGGAGCCGCUCUUCGUCGCCGUCAGGAAGAGCGACGUGUACCAGUUCAAGGGGGAGGAGCUCAACGAGGUUUAAAUUAUUUUUUGCUUAGUAAUUUCUUGUCAUGCAAGUAGUAAGUUUUUUCUCUUCUUCAGACAAUGCAAAUAAGAGAGUAGUAGGUAGCUAGGUAAAAAAAAGCAAGGAAGAGAGAGAAUACGUAAAAUAAAAAUGGAGCUAGUACAGCACGUGUUGGUGCCUAACUUGCUGUGGUAAAAGACAGACGUGUAUGUGUGUAAUUUUGUUGUGGUAAUUCUUUACUACUAUUUAGCUGUCGCUUUCACUCUUU